CACUGAGAAAGGUAUCGAGCAAAGAGAAGCAGCACUCAGUGAGGGUUUGAGUUUAUUUAGUUGUGUCACAAGGACUUCGUUUUAAGAAAAUUGGUAUGCUAAGAAAAAGAAAAAGUUUACUUAACGUUGGCUAACGUCCUUUGUUUCAUUUGAUCUUCAAAGAGUAACCCGCAUAAACCUAAAAAGGGACCUUUGCCUGACGUUGACAUUAGGCUAAUUUAAAUAACCAGAACAACCAUGGCCAGUCGUAAGCGCAUCCUGAGCUCUCUGGGGAAAAGUCCUGCCAGGCAGAACCUGUUUGGCCCAGUUGACCGUGAGCAGCUGCAGCAGGAGUACCAGGACACCCUGCGCAGAGACCUGGAGGACGCCUGUCGCCGCUGGGGCUUCGACUUCCUGUCAGAUAAGCCUCUGGCUGGGGGAGACUUCCAGUGGGAAGAGGUACCGGGCACUAAGGUGCCUCUCCUCUACCUGCCCUGCCUGUUGAGUCAGGGGGAGGCACAGAAGAUCAGAGGGCCGGCAGCAUCCACAGGGAGGGUCAGGGCGGGGCCAUGGCACCGUGGUAAGGAAAACAUCCCUUGCACCCCUGAGAAGUACAGAGCCAACCUCCAGAACCUGGAGAAACCGCAAGACAAGAACGAGAACAAACUGAAGAGGAAACAGACCAACCUCACAGAUUUCUACCAAGCCAAGAAGAGAGUGGUGGGUACGUCGCUUAAGUCAGGCCGGUGAUUUCAGAGACACAGUCACAGCUGCCAGGGAGCCAACAGUCGGACAAAACCACAGCAAGCACUACUUCUCUCAGGAACCCACACGCUGAAUAGACUGAGUACAUACAGUACACUUACCAGGAGGAAUACAUAACCAAUCCUCUAAACAAACGCAGUGAAAAAUGAAACAACCUAUUUUAUUGCAUCCAUUACCGAUGCAUACCGUUUUAUUUUAAUAUCCAUGUAGGUUAACCGAUGUACAAUUGAUUUCAAUGUAAGGGGGCUUGUGUUCUCCCUGUGGUAAGGGAGGGACAUUCUAAUCGUGCAUCCAUGACCAUUUGUGAGUCAUGAAAGAACAUCCUCUGCACCUUUAUGACCGUUUAGUGUAAGGAAGACUUGAAAAUCUAAGUCUGGACAGUUAAGGUCCUGCAUUCCACAGCACUGAUAUAGACCAAUCGAAACCAUGCCUCUGGGUCUACGCAUAAAUCGGCUUGUUUUGAUGACAUGUUGAAAUUAUGAAACCAUACUGUUUACGGUGCUGAGUUUGAAUCUACUGUAAUAUGGUGUCACAUUGAGAGGACGCUUGAAAGAAAUGACCACAACAACACAAUAGUCUUCAACAGUCUUUCCAGUUCAAAUAUCCAAAUGUAUGGAUUGAUGUUUUUUCAUUAUGCUGUGUCUCUCAUGAAGAGGGCCAGGAAUCAUGUUAUUGUCUGUCAUUUGCAAGCACUUCCUUUCCAAUGUAUGUAUUGUUGUACAUGAGAUUUCACAAUUUAAAUAUGUGUCUCAACAUGUACUCCUUGGAAUCUACUUGAAGGGUACUGCUCUGCAUAAAAUUAUGCAAACUCCUAUAUAGAAAUGGCACUCUUUUUUUUCUCACCUUUUAUUUAACUAGGCAAGUCAGUUAAGAACAAAUUCUUAUUUUCAAUGACGGUUAGGAACAGCGGGUUAUAACUGCCUUGUUCAGGGGCAGAAUUACAGAUUUUUACCUUGUCUGCUCGGGGUUUUGAUCUUGCAAACAUCCAGUUACUAGUCCAAUGCUCUAAACUACCUGCCACCCAAUGUCCCCCUUUCUACCUAACUAGGGCUUCUUGCUAUAAUACUCUUGGAAAUUUGUUGAUAGGGACCUCUGCUAUGUUCUUUCAAGCUUUUCAAGUAUUUUCAGUCUAUUUAGCAUCUGAACACAAAGCCAGACAUUCACGUUUCCUUAGAUACAGUGAGGGGGGGAAAGUAUAUGAUCCCAUGCUGAUUUUGUUCGUUUGCCCACUGACAAAGAAAUGAUCAGUCUAUAAUUUUAAUGGUAGGUUUAUUUGAACAGUGCGACAGAAUAACAACAAAAAAAUCCAGAAAAAUGCAUGUCGAAAAUGUUAUGAAUUGAUUUGCAUUUUAAUGAGGGAAAUAAGUAUUUGACACCCUCUCAAUCAGAAAGAUUUCUGGCACCCAGGUGUCUUUUAUACAGGUAACGAGCUGAGAUUAGGAGCACACUCUUAAAGGGAGUGCUCCUCAUCUCAGUUUGUUACUUGUAUAAAAGACACCUGUCCACAGAAGCAAUCAAUCAAUCAGAUUCCAAACUCUCCACCAUGGCCAAGACCAAAGAGCUCUCCAAGGAUGUCAGGGACAAGACUGUAGACUUACACAAGGCUGGAAUGGGCUACAAGACCAUCGCCAAGCAGCUUGGCGAGAAGGUAAAACAGUUGGUGCGAUUUUUCGCAAAUGGAAGAAACACAAAAGAACUGUCAAUCUCCCUCGGCCUGGGGCUCCAUGCAAGAUCUCACCUCGUGGAUUUGCAAUGAUCAUGAGAGCGGUGAGGAAUCAGCCCAGAAAUACACGGGAGGAUCUUGUCAAUGAUCUCAAGGCAGCUGGGACCAUAGUCACCAAGAAAACAAUUGGUAACACACUACGCCGUGAAGGAGUUUCUGCAAGGUUCCCCUGCUCAAGAAAGCACAUAUACAUGUCCGUCUGAAGUUUGCCAAUGAACAUCUGAAUGAUUCAGAGGACAACUGGGUGAAGGUGUUGUAGUCAGAUGAGACCAAAAUGGAGCUAUUUGGCAUCAACUCAACUUGAUGUGUUUGGAGGAGGAGGAAUGCUGCCUAUGACCACAAGAACACCAUCGCCACCGUCAAACAUGGAGGUGAAAACAUUAUGCCUUGGGGGUGUUUUUCUGCUAAGGGGACAGGACAACUUCACCGCAUCAAAGGGACGAUGGACGGGCCAUGUACCGUCAAAUCUUGGGGGAGAACCUCCUUCCCUCAGCCAGGGCAUUGAAAAUGGGUCGUGGAUGGGUAUUCCAGCAUGACAAUGACCCAAACACACGGCCAAGGCAACAAAGGAGUUCCUCAAGAAGAAGCACAUUAAGGUCCUGGAGUGGCCUAGCCAGUCUCCAGACCUUAAACCCAUAGAAAAUCUGUGGAGGGAGCUGAAGGUUUGAGUUGCCAAACGUCAGCCUCGAAACCUUAAUGACUUGGAAAAUAUCUGCAAAGAGGAGUGGGACAAAAUCCCUCCUGAGAUGUGUGCAAACCUGGUGGCCAACUACAAGAAACGUCUAACCUCUGUGAUUGCAAACAAGGGUUUUGCCACCAAGUUAUGUUUUGAGGAGGGUAUCAAAUACUUAUUUCCCUCAUUAAAAUGCAAGUCAAUUUAUAACAUUUUUGACAUGCAUUUUUCUGGAUUUUUUUGUUGUUAUUCUGUCUCUCACUGUUCAAAUAAACCUACCAUUAAAAUUAUAGACUAUAAGUAUCAGCUUUAUCUUGAUGUUAAUAUCACUGUUAAGCAGUGAAACAUUUAAAGUUUUCUUGCAGUAUUGCACAACAUUUUUUUUCAUGUAGCCAACAGCAGGUACAAGCGCCUGUAUGGUAUUUGAAUCUAAACAGAGAGAAAUUGUGUCCUCAAAAACAUAGCUAUUUUUGACUGAGCUACAGCCUCUUCUAUUUUAAGUCUUUAUCUGCCUCAAACUGUAAGCUAUUGGUGCAUAAUGGUUAUUUAUUGUUAUGAUGGCUGAUCCUGCUGCUAUGGGUAAUUUGAAUGGUGGUUAGACAACAUCACUGUAUGGCAACAUUCCAAACUUAACUAAUAGCUUUGCUUAAUGUUCAUAGCAACUUAUGCACUGCUAUGCAAAUAUCAGCAUACAUUACCCCAAAAGUGCACCUAUUUUUAUAGAUGUUGGUGCCCAGGCUUACAUAGUGUUUUCAUAGCUACAACUAAGACAUUCUUAUUUAUUGUAAAACAAAGUAGAUAUGUGUAAUUGGUUAAUUGACAAUAAAUACAAUGCAAUUGGAAAGUAUUCAGGCACCUUGACUUUUUCCACAUUUUGUUACGUUACAGCCUUAUUCUAAAAUUGAUUUUUUUUAAAAAGCGUUUUCCCUCAUUAAUCUACCCAUAAUGACAAAGCGAAAACAGGUUUCCAUUGAUCAUCCAUGAUGUUUCUACAACCUUUUUUUUAACCUUUAAUAACUAGGCAAGUCAGUUAAGAACAAAUUAUUAUUUACAGUGACGGCCUACCAAAAGGCCUUCUGCAGGGACAGGUUGGGAUUUAAAAAUAUAGAACAAAACAUACAUCAAGACGAGAGACAACACAACACUACAUAAAGACCUAAGACGAUAGCAUGGCAGCAACACAAUGUGACAACAACAUGGUAGCAGCACAAAACACGGUACAAACAGUAUUGGGCAGAGAUAACAGCACAAAGGGCAAGAAGGUAGAGACAACAAUACAUCACGCAAAGCAGCCACAACAGCCAUUAAGAGUGUUCAUGAUUGAGUCUUUUAAUGAAGAGAUUGAGAUGAAACUGUCCAGUUUGAGUUGCAGCUCGUCCCUGUCACGAGCUGCAGCAAAAUGAAAAGAUGAGCUACCCACUGAUGUGUGUGCUUUGGGGACCUUUAACAGAAUGUGACUGGCAGAACGGGUGUUGUAUGUGGAGGAUGAGGGCUGCAGUAGGUAUCUCAGAUAGGGGGGAGUGAGGCCUAAGAGGGUUUUAUAAAUAAGGAUCAACCAGUGGGUUUUGCGACGGGUAUACAGAGAUUACCAGUUUUACACAAGUGUAUAGAGUGCAGAGAUGUGUCCUAUAAGAAGCAUUGGUGGCAAAUCUGAUGGCCGAAUGGUAAAGGACAUCUAGCCACUCGAAAGCACCCUUACCUGCCGAUCUAUAAAUUAUGUCUCCGUAAUCUAGCAUGGGUAGGAUGGUCAUCUGAAUCAGGGUUAGUUUGGUAGCUGAGGUGAAAGAGGAGGGAGAGAAGGGCAGUGUACCGUCUAGCCAUACUCUCAAGUACUUAUAUGAGGUGGCUAUUUAAACUCUAAUCCCUCAGAGGUAGUACUCACACCUGUGGGGAGAGGGGCAUUCUUCAUUCUUCUUACCAAACCACAUGACCUUUGUUUUGGAGGUGUUCAGAACAAGGUUAAUGGUAGAGAAAGCUUGUUGGACACUAAGAAAGCUUUGUUGUAGAGCGUUUAACACAAAAUCUGGGGAGGGGCCAGCUGAGUAUAAAACUGUAUAAUCUGCAUAUAAAUGGAUGAGAGAGAUUCCUACUGCCUGAGCUAUGUUGUUGAUGUAAAUUGUGAAGAGCGUGGGGCCUAGGAUCAAGCCAUUGUGGUAUACCCUUGGUAACAGGCAGUGGCUGAGACCGCAGAUGUUCUGACUUUAUACACUGCACUCUUUGAAAACCACACCAAAGACCCCUUAGAGACACCAAUACUCCUUAGCCGGCCCACAAGAAUGGAAUGGUCUACCGUAUCAAAAGCUUUGGCAAAGUCAAUAAAAACAGCAGCACAACAUUGUAUGAAUCAAGGGCAAUGGUGACAUCAGUGAGGACCUUUAAGGUUGCAGUGACACAUCCAUAACCUGCGUGUAAACCAGAUUGCAUACCAGAGAGAAUAAUAUGGACAUCAAGAAAGCCAGUCAGUUUUUCCAACACUUUUGAUAAACAGGGAAAAAUAGAAAUAGGCCAAUAACAGUUAGGAUCAGCAUGAUCUACCCUUUAAAUAAAGGACAAACCGUGACUGCCUUCCAAGCAAUGGGAACCUCCCCAAAGAGGAGAGACAUGUUAAAAAGGUCAGAGAUAGGCUUUGCGAUUAUUAGAAUAAGAAGGGGUUGGGAGAUGAGGAAAUGUUGGACGGGCAAGGAGGCAUAGCUGAGUCAAAUAGGAAUUUAAUGAAGUGGUGAUUAAAAAGCUCAGCCAUGUGCUUCUUGUCAGUAAAAACCACAUCAUCAACUUUAAGGGACAUGGGCAGCUGUGAGGAGGAGGGUUUAUUCUCCAGGUCUUUAACCGUUUUCCAGAACUUCUUGGGGUUAGACCCACAAAGAGAGUAACUAACUUUGGCCUUCCGGAAAGCCUGAGUGCACUUACUUCUCAUUUGCCUCAAUGCGAGCCAGUCAGCCUGAGUAUGUGUGUGCCGAGCCUUUCGCCAAAUGCAAUUCUUGAGGUUGAGUAACUCUGCAAGAUCAUGGUCGAAGCAGGGGAUACAUCUGUUUUUAAUUCUCAUUUCCUUUAUGGUGGCGUGUUUGUUAACAAUAUCAUUGAAAAUAUUGCCAUGAGGCCAGGACAUGAAGGAAGGAUUGCUCAUUAAAGUUUUUUAGCAAGCGACUAUAACAAAUCAGGACAGGUCUUUUGACUGAGCAGCCAUUACGAACACAGGCUGUAAAACUGAUCACUAAGGUCGUUAUAGAAAACACGAGACUGAAAACUAUCAGGUAGACUCCAACCUGUGGAAUAUUAAAUUGACUGGACAUGAUUUGGAAAGGCACACACUUGUCUAUAUAAGAUCCCACAGUUGACAGUGCAUGUCAGAGCAAAAACCAAGCCACGAGAUCAAAGGAAUUGUCUAUAAAGCUCAGAGACAGGAUUGUGUCGCGGCACAGAUCUGGGCAAGGGUACCAAAACAUUUCUGCAGCUUUGAAGGUCCCCAAGAACACAGUUGCCUCCAUCAUUCUUAAAUGGAAGUUUGGAACCACCAAGACUCUUCCGAGAGCUGGCUGCCUGGCCAAACUCAGCAAUCGGGGGAGAAGGGCCUUGGUCAGGGAGGUGACCAAGAACCCGAUGGUCACUGUGACAGAGCUCCAAAGUCCCACUGUGGAGAACCUUCUAGAAGGACAACCAUCUCUUCACCACUCAACCAAUCAUGCCUUUGUGGUAGAGCGGCCAGACGGAAGCCACUCCUCAAUUAAAGGCACGUGACAGCCCGCUUGGAGUUUACCAAAAGGCACCUAAAGAACUCUCAGACCACGAGAAACAAGAUUCUCUGGUCUGAUGAAACCAAGUUUGAACUCAUUGGCAACACAUCUUAAGCGUCACAUCUGGAGGAAACCUGUUACCAUCCCUACGAUGAAGCAUGGUGGUGGCAGCAUCAUGCUGUGGGGAUGUUUUUCAGUGUCAGGGACUGGGAGACUAGUCAGGAUAGAUGAACAGAGCAAAGUACAGAGAGAUCCUUGACGAAAACCUGCUCCAGAGCGCUCAGGACUUCAGACUGGGUCGAAGGUUCACCUUCCAACAGGACAAUGACCCUAAGCACACAGCCAAGACAGCCUGUUGCGGGGUGUCGGCACUGGUGGUACCGGGCUGGGGACACGCACCUCAGGGUGAAUGCCUUGCAUACUACGCCAAAUCAACUGGUCUCUCUCUUCACAUUCCCCCCAAUUCUAUUAACACCUACUCGAGUGUCUCCUCAUCUCCCAUCAGUUCACUCUCCUCCAUUCUGUCCAAUAACUCCUCGACCUUCUCAGACUCAGCCCUCAGUUUUGCCGAUAGCUCCGAUAAUAUCCAUGGCUCCUUACGGUAAACAGGGGGAGUUGGCUCAGGUCUGGCUCCUGACUCUGCCACACUCUCCCUGUGCCCCCCACAAUAAAUUUUUGGGGCUGCCUCUCGGGCUUCCAGCCGCUCUGCCGUGCUAGCUCCUCAUAAUGCUGCCUCUCUGAUUUCGCUGCCUCCAGCUCGGCUUUGGGGCAGCAAUAUUCCCCAGGCUCUGCCCAGGGUCCUUUCCCAUCUAGGAUCUCCUCCCAAGUCCAUUUUUCCAAAUAGUGCAGCCUCUCCCACUGCUGCUGCUGCUGCUGCUGCUGCUUUUGCUGCUGCUGCAUCUCCUGAAUGUAGAGAAGUAAAAGUAAAUUUUGACAAAAAUAUGAAUAGCAAAGUACAGAUACCCCAAAAAACGACUUAAGUAGUGCUUUAAAGUAUAUUUUUACUUAAGUACUUUACACCACUGCUACUACAUCAUACUAACAUUGACCCUAUACCCAUCAUGAGAUUGCUACAACCUAGCCUAUGAAUGAUAGUUUACAACGUGACAGACAGUGCCACAUGGACAGACAGUGACACAUUCAAUACCUCCUUGCACACUCUUGCCUGCAUCUAGCUGAUCUAAGGCGUAAUCAUUAGUCCAACAGUUGCAAACGAGAGUUUCUAUUGGACAAAUUCAGGUCUGUUUAUCCACGCUUCGUUCCAUUUGCUUCCAUUUAAGAUUUAUUUUUCAACAGAAUUGGCGUAAUGAAUACACACGUAAACAGUUCACUUUCAUAGCAGCCACGUUGUGUUCCUUCUUGCAUCUAUGCGCUCUCCUCCUCUCACUUUUUCCCAUUUUGUGGCAGCAGGUAGCCUAGUGGUUAGAGCGUUGGAUCAGUAACCGAAAGGUUGCUAGGUCAAAUCCCAGCGCUGACAAGGUCAAGAUCUGUUGUUCUGCCCUUGAACAAGGCAGUUAACCCACUAUUCCUAGGCCGUCAUUGUGAAUAAGAAUUUGUUCCUAACUGACUUGCCUAUUUAAAUAAAGGUUAAAUAAAAUAAAAAUUGCUUGUGGACUUCAAUGCACAACACAUCGCCUUUAUGUGUCCAGGUGUAAAAACCUUUCUAAGCCAAACCAUAUCAUUACCGCUACACACAGCCUACAUUGUUGUCUCCGUAUUAGCUAAAGUAACAUCAUAGUCAUCAUAGUCAAUAAUAUAUAAAAAAGACAAUAAAUACAGCUGGGCAUAAAAUAAGAUGAGUACAUAGACGAGCACUGAUAUAUCAUAGUCUUCAUAUAUCAUAGUUUUCCUGACAAUACUUUUAUUGUUCCUAAACAAGAUCAAUGGGGGAGCUUUUUGACCUGCAUUUCUUCACUGUUCUUUCAAGAGCAAUGACACACCUGGCCUCUCACCUGCCUAUCAGAUAAUACCUCUAUCUUGUGGAUAUACUGUAUAUUAAACAUUGGUGCAGAUUUUAAUGAUUUUAUGUGUGGUAUGACUGCUAUUUAACCUAUUGUAGGUCUGAACAAACGAUCCAACUACCAUUAUUGUCAUUAUAGAUAGAGCGCAGGAUAGACAGUUGACUAUACCUUUGGUAUAGUAUGUGCACGUAAAAAGGGUAGUGCAUAAGGGAAGCACCAAAACACCUUGAUAGAGGGCAUACAAACAGAUGAGGAAAUUUGACUAUAUACUGUGUAAGACAUGAUAAAGUAAAACCUGUAAAAUGGCGAUUGUAAAUCAGAAAGUAUUAAUAUACCUUUACUUAUUCCUCAACUUGACAUAACACACUGUACCCCAUAAUGACAAAGUGAAAAGAUUUUUGUAGAAAUCUUUGCAAAUGUAUUGAAAAUGACAUACAUAAAUAUCCUAUUUACAUAAUUAUUCACACCCCUGAGUAAAUACUUUGUGGAAGCACCUUUGGCUGCGAUUACAACUGAGUCAUCUUGUGUCUUCGCACAUCUGGAUUUGGGGAUUUUCCCCCAUUCCUUUUCUCAAGCUCUGUUAAGUUCGGGAUGGGGAGUGGCGGUGAAGAGCAAUCUUUAAGUCUUUCCACAGAUUCAACCUGGGCUUUGGCUGGGCCACUCAAGAACUUUCACAUUCUUUUUUCUCGUGAGUGGCUUCCGUUUGGCCACUCUCCCAUAAAGCCCAGAUUGGUGAAGUGCUGUAGAAACUGUUCUCCCAUCUCAACCAAGGAACUCUGUUCUGUCAGAGUGGUCAUUGGGUUCUUGGUCACCUCUCUGUUCAAGGUCCAUCUUGGUCAGAAGGCCCUAUGGUGCUACCCAGUGCAGCAGAGAACACCACUGCUGACCUCUCUGUGGACUCAGGGCAAGGACACUUACCAAAAAGUACUGUACUGAUGGCAACACUUAAUUUUUACAAAAUAGCAAGAAAUGUUAGUUACUUCUAUCUAGCAGACAAAAAAACAGUGAAUAGUUAUCCAAAUCUAGCUUUGUGCAUUACAGUACCUGGUAUUUCUUUCUCCAGUUCAGCUACCAAGCCCCCACUCACUUUCAGCCUGGCCUCCAUGGCUAUAAUGACAUAAAUAAUUGAAGGAUAUUUAUCAAAUAAAACAACAGUAGCUGACUUUAUAUAUAUCUGACUGUACCUUCAUUAUACAGUAUAUGCUGAGUUUGUCCACCACACCCCUUAUGGCGCUCAACUUGACAUCUGUGUCUCUCAGCACUAUGCGUUGCUCCACUACCAUGUCUCUGACAGCCAGGAGUUCAGUCCAGAUGUUGGUGGGGCAGCUGUUCAUUUCAUCCAUUGGAGCUGCAAGGACUUGACUAAGGGGGAGGAAGAGGGGAAGAGCAAUGACCUACUUUGUGUUGUUCAUGUUUCUGAUGCUGUCUCUUCUUGUUGUGUGAGGUGCUCUUAUGCCUCUGCUCUGCUCCUCACCUCUGAUGAAUGAAUAACUGGGAACGGAAAAGGAAAGGGGGUAACCUAGUCAGUUGUACAACUGAAUGCCUUAUUUGUCAUAUGCGCUGAAUACAACUGUGAAAGACUUACUUCCAAGCCCUUAACUCUUCUUGAACUGCACUGUUGGUUAAGAAAAGAUUUACCAAAUAAGCUAAAGUAAAACAUUAUAAAAAGUAACACAAAAACAUAACAAUAACAAGGCUAUAUACAGGGGGUACUGGUACUGGGUCAGUGUGCGGGGGUACAGGUUAGAGGUCAUUUGUACAUGUAGGUAGGGGUAAAGUGACUAUGCAUACAGAAUAAACAGCAGGUAGCAGCAGUGUAAAAACAAAUGGAGAGGGGAGAUCAAUGUAAAUAGUCCGGGUGGCCAUUUGAUAAAUUGUUCAGUCUUAUGGAUUGUGGAUAGAAUCUGUUAAGGAACAAGGAAUGGUGAUGUGAACUUUAGUUCUGUGUGGAUUUUCAUGAUUGCUGAUAUCUGUGAUAUGAUCCUCCAGUAUGUGCGCAGGUUAUUGUAUAUUGUUGAAAAUAAAUGUUAAUCCAAAAAAUAAAAUCCUUUAUUGUGCUUAUUC